UGUAUGAAGUAUCAAAACGGUUGGAUAUCGUCCAUCGCGGAGAAACUUCGCAAUCCAAGUGUGGAGAUGGAGAAUUCUGAAGAACCAACCAGUUUGCAGUCUAUUUGUCAUUUACAUGCUUCCGAGUUAUUUCCCAAGCAUGCUCAUUUUGAAUGCGAGGACGAAACGCUUACAGUCCCAUUUACACCUUUAAGUGGAGAAUCUAUAGUAGCACUUGGACGUACAUCAGAUGGAGUAUUGGCCCUUUCCAAUUACAGACUCUAUUUACAAUUAAGUCAGACAUGUUACAAUAUUCCAUUGGGUUUGAUAGAGCAGUUGGAGGUUAAAGAGAUUUUCUUCUUGCAUAUUGGUUGUAAAGAUGCCCGUUCACUGAGUUGUGCCUUCUCUACAAAUGAACAUUGCUUGGAGUGGUUCAAGCGAUUACACAAAGUGACUUAUCCACGAAAGAACAUAGAGGAUAUAUUUGCUUUUGCGUACUACGCUUGGAGUAUAGAGGAAGGAAAGGAUAACUCCAAGUUAGGAAAAGAUAACAUUUUGUACACUACUACUUUUAGUUCAGAAGUGGAACGACUAAAAUUUAGUUUGCACGGUACAUGGCGUAUAAGCCAAAUCAAUAAAGAUUAUCGCAUGUGCCCAUCAUAUCCACCAUUGCUUCUAGUUCCUGCUUGCAUUUCCGACAAUAUUCUGGAGACUGCGGCGAAAUUUCGAAGUUUUCGACGAAUUCCAGCGGUCGUGUGGAGGCACGUGAAUAAUGGCGCGGUAAUAGCACGAAGUAGUCAACCAGAAGUCGGAUGGCUUGGUUGGCGUAGCGCAGAGGACGAAAGUUUGCUGAAAGCCCUUUCGGAUGCAUGUUCCUAUGACAAAGGUGAAUCGACGAUGGUGGAUUCCUCUAUCAUUUUCCCCGAGACUGCUGACGAUCGCGUCGCGACAAAUAGUACGAAAAAAGUGUUGAUCGUGGACGCCAGAUCAUACACAACCGCUGUCGCGAAUAGAGCGCGCGGUGGUGGUUGCGAAUGUCCUGAAUAUUAUCCGAGUUGCGACAUACAAUUCAUGAAUUUACCAAAUAUUCACUCGAUACGAAAGAGUUUCCACGCGGUGAGACAGCUAUGCGCGUCGGACGCGGACCAACUCACUUGGCUCAGUCUUUUGGAAGGGACACGAUGGUUACAACACAUGUCUGGAUUGUUACGGGCAGCAGUGACUGUAGCGUCAACGAUAGAAAGAGACGGUCGACCGGUGCUGGUUCAUUGUAGCGAUGGCUGGGACAGAACACCUCAGAUAGUCGCUCUGGCACAAAUUCUUCUCGAUCCUUAUUAUCGAACUAUGGAGGGAUUCCAAGUUUUAUGCGAAAGAGAAUGGUUAGACUUUGGGCACAAAUUUGCGGAUCGUUGCGGACAAACGGUUGGGUACGAAGACCCUAACGAGCGAUGCCCAGUAUUUCUUCAGUGGCUCGACUGUGUACAUCAGCUGACCUUACAGUUCAAGUGCAGUUUUCAAAUGUCGCCAGCCUACCUUGUGAAACUUGCACAGCAUACGUAUUCACAGCUUUUCGGCACGUUUCUCUUCAAUACGAGGCAAGAAAGGUUACAGCUGAGAAUACGGGAGCGUACAUUUUCGGUUUGGCGUUUCCUAAACUCCAGUUCAUUUGUAAAUCAUUUAUAUUCCCCGUUGAAGAAUCAAGUAUUAUGGCCAAGUUGUAACGUACGGGACCUUGUUUUGUGGUCCGAAGUAUAUUUAGGUUCUAUGGAAUCUUCCCUCGGUAUUAGAGAUGAUAAACAGAGAGUGAGGAUGAUAGAUAUCGAGGGUGGAGAGAACGAGGAACCGCAGGGUCAAAUGACCAAAACUCGUUCGUACGGCGAUCUGAUGCACACCCCCGAUCAUGCGGCCUAUCUUCACCGUCGACUCAGCGAUCCAAGCGCUGCGAUGGAAAAGAAAUUCGAUUCUUUAACACUCGAUACGGAGACGAGUGAGAAGGCUACUGCAAACCACGUGGAAGAUUGUAAAAUCGUCGAUGACGACACGGUGGAGAGAAAUCUAUCGGAGAAUCUGGACGAUGACACGUAUCAUUACGUGGCAACGACUAUCGCGAUGACCACGACGAUGACAACAACGACGGCGACGAUGAGUAUGACGACGACGAACACGAUGACCACCACGUCGACAACGAGCACGAGCACGAGCACGAGCACGAGCACGAGCACGAGCACGAGUACGAGCACGACGACUUGGACAACGAACGAAGCCUCGAACGAUUCACCGGUGAAUCCAUCAGUAGACAGUUCAACGGACACGCUAAUACCCAGCAACGAUUCUUUACUCGGUGCAGCCGAUAAAGAAACCAGAACGCAGAAAAAUUCGCCGUCGGACACCGUAUCGCCCUGGAUCGAGAGCAAUGCGACCAGUCGAACCGUUUGCUCUUGCAGUCGCAGUUACAAUCACAAUCAGAAUCACAACGAGGGUAGCGACAUUAGCGACACCAGUGCACCGCUAAUAUCAAGAACACCUAGUAGCGUUUGUCCGGCUUCGCCGACUUGCCAGCACGCGGCACCGCCAGAUAAUCCUGAUAGAUUGGACGAUGUCGAUGGUCUUCCCGUAAUACAUUGCGACGUUCAGAUGCGCGUGCAACAAAUAAUCGUGGAGCGCAAGUUGAAGGAGGAAGCGUUGAGGAAGGAAUUACACACGACCAGAAUGGCUCUGAUCAAGCAAGUUUGUAAUCAUAACGCAGAGACCGAUCGUGUUGACGAUAUCGGAUCGUUACCCGAUUCGGUAGGAAGUACUGGCGAUCAUGGAGAAUCGUUACCAUCGGACAUGUCGUGGGAAGCGGUCGAGGAAUUAGGUCCAGCUCCUACUCUAUGGGUACCGGAUCACGCGGUGAGUCGAUGCAUGGGGUGCGACACGGAAUUCUGGCUGGGAAGGCGUAAACAUCACUGCAGAAGCUGCGGUAAGAUCUUUUGCGCGGAUUGUUCCGAAAACUCAACACCGCUACCCAGUGAGCAGCUCUACAAUCCCGUCAGAGUCUGCGGCGAGUGUUUUUCCCGUCUUCACCGGCACACCAGUCCCUGUCAGUGCAGCAACGCCCGGCAUCAGAGCAAAGGGGAGAACGAGCCGGAACUCCAGUCGUCCAAUUCCGAAAGUUUCGUCAGUUGUGAUCGAUCGAAGGGUUUAAACGUGACGAAGGACAGUUGUUGCGAUAACUUGUUGCAGGUUGCGCACCAAAAAGCACAACCUCCUCCUGUUACAGCAGCCACAGCAAAUUGAAGAUGGUCACGCGAGCGAGGAAGCUCGACAAGGAACGUUCGUAGCAUUCGGGUUUCUAAUCUGGCUUUCGACGAUGCCAAGUGUAUCGUACUCUCAACCACCAUCCAUCAUGUCCGUACGACCAGGCGUAUGAUAUACUGCGCGCGUGACAUAGCCGCCAAUUAGGACACUUGGAGCAAUCCAAUAUUUAUUACUAGAGUAAUAAUUUGUACGAAGAAAAGUGUAUAGCGCAUCGGAGAGAUAGAGAUAGAUAGAUAGAUAGAUAGAUAGAUAGAUAGAUAGAUAGAUAGAUAGAUAG